AGGAGAGAACUGUUCUUGUGUGCGAAAGGACCCUGAGAAAAGGAACGCUGCAAAAGAGAAAGAAAAAGGGGUGAAAAGAGGACCAUCUGUAAACGCUCGGAGACAGCUGCAGCAGGAACAUGCUGCUGGGUGUGCUGACGGGAUGCGUGCUGGGGGCAGCUGUCGUCUACGUGCUGGUGGCCUGGCUCAUCCCAGCAGCUGUGCAGCACAACGCCUGGGCCGCGCUGCUGUGGCAUGAUGUCAUCGUGGAGCGCUUCCUGGACUUCGUCACGGGCUCCACUCGGCCUCAGCGUCUUCUCAAAGCGGUGCAGAAGAAGGCCACCAGAGGGGAUCCCCAGAGCGUCAUCGCCACCAUCGAUCGCUUCUGCAGAGGCAGCGAAUGGGCCAUGAACGUGGGUGAUGAGAAAGGGGUCAUCUUGGAUACGGUGGUGUGUGAAGUGAGUCCUGGCUCGGCGCUGGAGCUUGGCACCUACUGUGGGUACUCCACCGUGCGCAUUGCCCGCCUACUGCCCCCCGGAGCCAGGCUCAUCACGCUGGAGUUUAACCCAGAUUACGCCAAAGUGGCUCGCCAGGUUAUCGAUUUUGCUGGAUUAACGGAGAAGGUGCUAUUGGUUGAAGGCCCCUCCGGCGACCUGAUCCCCAAAAUGAAGGAGCAGUACGGCAUAACGACGUUUGAUUUGGUGUUCCUGGACCACUGGAAAGACCGAUACCUUCCCGACACGAGAUUACUGGAGGAAUGCGGACUGCUUCGUAAAGGCUCCAUCCUGCUAGCAGACAACGUUAUCUGUCCUGGAACGCCUGACUACCUGGCAUACAUCCGAAGCAGCCCUCGAUACGAGAGCAAAUACUUCAAGUCUCACCUUGAGUACACAAAGGUGGAAGACGGCCUUGAGAAAUCCAUUUUCUUAGGCUGAAUAAGCACUGCGGAAGGCACGAUUUUGCCAAACGAAGGGCACAGUACCAGGGACCAAACCAACAUCUUUGAAGCAACUGCCAUUUCAUAGAUCAUUGUAUGGUACAUGACAAAGGGACUAAAUGUGAAGAAUGAUUUAACUAUUGCAACGUAAAUUGCUGAUGUGCUGACGUAUUAAAUGAAGAUUACUGUGUGUGCUUCAAAUCAUCCCAUAAAGCUGAAUGUUUGAGACUAUGUUUACAUUCAAUGUUAAGUGUAUCACUUGGCUUUUUAAUCAUUGUUGCUGCCAUUGUACAUUUUUGCUGUUUUAGCUCUAUCAUUAUUUGCACAACACUGCCCUUUAAAGGCAAAGUGUGGUAACGGUCAACAUAGAAACUGUCAAAAAGGCUUCUAACACUGCCAUACCCUCAUGUCAAUCAUGCUGUGCAUAGAAUAGUCAUAAUGCUUUUAUGCACUUUUAUGACACAGACAAAGGAGUGUUAUAAAGUCAGUAUUCAGUCUAAAUCUAGUGUAUUUUCUGCCUUUUGGCUUUGUAUAGCAGAACUGACUGUUAAUGAAAAAAAUUGAUUAUGAGGGAACUGAAUAACUGCCUGGGCAAGAGUUGAGAACUACAAGUAAAAUGUGAGCUUCCAGCUCUCUUUCGACUCCACCCUUUUGGCCUUUCAAGAACUAUAAUACUUUAAAUCCAUGUGCACACCAGUCUAUUGUCCAUGCGUGUUGUCUUGCUUUUUUUGUAUGGAAAAUAAACAUCUUGUAUAACUUU